UGGAGGCUUGUUUAUCGUUCAAGCAGGAAUAAACUUCACAUUCACAUGCAGCUGUUUUUCUCCAAAACUAUUUUUAGGCUACACAUCAUUUGGAGAAACCAAGGCACUGCAUUAUCGAGUUUUUUAUUAUCAAAGGAAACCCCCACCCAGUGUAAGAAGCAGAAAAUAUAAAUAUUUAUGUUCAAGUCCUGAAAAAAAAAAUUAUUCAUUCAAACUGGCUUAAAAUGACCUAAUAAAAGUCUUAACAACGUCUUCAAAUGUUUAAAAUCCUUAUCCUGUGUUUUCUCUUUCUAGGAUCUUGUCAGAAAAGGGAUUCCUCACCACUUCAGGGCGAUAGUAUGGCAGUUAUUGUGCAAUGCCCAAAACAUGACCAUAAAAGAUCAGUAUUCGGAACUUCUGAAGAUGACGUCGCCCUGCGAAAAGCUGAUUCGAAGAGACAUCGCUCGCACUUAUCCGGAACAUGAGUUUUUCAAGGAGAAGGACAGUUUGGGACAAGAAGUGCUGUUUAAUGUCAUGAAGGCCUAUUCUUUGGUGGACCGUGAGGUCGGCUAUUGUCAGGGCAGUGCAUUCAUCGUAGGGCUGCUGCUAAUGCAGAUGCCAGAGGAGGAGGCAUUCUGUGUGUUCGUGAAGUUGAUGCAGGACUACAGAUUACGAGAGCUCUUCAAACCCAGCAUGGCUGAACUGGGACUCUGCAUGUACCAGUUUGAGUCUAUGAUUCAGGAGCAACUGCCGGAACUGCACAUCCAUUUCCAGGGUCAGAACUUCCACACCUCCAUGUAUGCAUCCUCUUGGUUCCUGACUAUCUUCCUCACGUUCUUCCCCUUACCUAUUGCCACAAGAAUCUUUGACAUCUUCAUGCUUGAGGGUCUGGAGAUAGUUUUCCGUGUGGGACUGGCCAUCCUUCAGCUGAACCAGAUAGAACUGAUCCAGUUAGACAUGGAAGGAAUGUUACAGCACUUUCAGAGAGUCAUCCCACACCAGUUUGACAGUGCUCCAGAUAAGGUUAUCCAGGCUGCCUAUCAGGUCAAAUACAAUGCAAAGAAGAUGAAAAAAUUAGAGAAAGAAUACACUACAAUCAAAACAAAAGAGAUGGAGGAACAGGUGGAAAUAAAGAGGCUGCGGACCGAGAACAGGCUUUUGAAGCAGAGGAUAGACACACUAGAAAAAGAAAGCGCUUCCUUGGCAGAUAGAUUGAUUCAGGGACAAGUGACUCGCGCUCAGGAGGCAGAAGAGAACUACCUAGUCAAGCGGGAGCUUGCUACAGUCAAACAGCAGAGCGAGGAGGCCAGUGCUCAGCUGGAGCAGGCCACGAAAACCAUUUGGCAGCUCCAGCAGGGACUACAAUGGAAAAAAGCCCCUCGCUACUCAGAGGAGUCUGUAUUGCAACUGGAACAAGAGCUUGUGCAAGCCCGUUUGAAGGAAGCAGAGUCUCAGUGUGCACUCAAAGAGAUGCAAGACAAGAUCCUGGAAAUUGAAAAGAGGAACACUUCACUACCAGAUGAAACCAAUGUGGCCCGACUACAGGAGGAGUUAAUUGGGGUCAAACUGAGGGAAGCCGAGGCGGUGACAGGUCUGAAGGAGUUGAGACAGCAGGUCAGAGACCUGGAGGAGCACUGGCAGCGUCACUUGGCACGUACAGCUGGCCGUUGGAAGGAUGCCCCAAAGAAGAAUGCACUCAGCGAGCUGCAAGACGAACUGAUGAGCGUAAGGCUGCGCGAUGCCGAGGCCCAGGCUGAGCUUCGGGAAACACGGCAGAGGAUUCUGGAGUUAGAAACACAGAACCAGUCCCGCAGCAGCCAGCUGCGUCGUGCAGAGCAGGAAAGAUGCAGACUUGAGAAGAGUGUGCAAACACUGACAGACCUAAACAGAGAACAGCAUGUUCAGCUGCAGGAGAUCAAAAGAAAGCAAGCAGAAAUCGAAUGCAAGAGUAAAGAGGAGGUGAUGGCUGUUAGACUAAGGGAAGCUGACAACAUCGCUGCUAUGGCUGAACUUCAGCAACAGAUAUCAGAGCUGGAAAUUGAGAAAGAAGAAGGGAAGGUCCAAGGCCAUCUGAACAACACAGACUCCAGCCAGUACAUCAACGACCUCAAAGACCAGAUAGCCGAGCUAACACAUGAGAUUUGCUGCCUAAAAGGAAAGAGAGUUCUGACCAAUCAGCCUCUUUUUGAUGGUAUACACAUUGUAAACCACUACACAAAGGAUGACGAGUCUUACCAGUCAUUUGAUGAUGAUGACGACGACGACGAUGAUGAUGACGAUGGCGGCCCUAAGGCACAAGGGCCACCGAAGACUCAGUUGGGCGGACGAAUCAGACUUUGCCCUAACCUCAGGGAUACCGACAGUGAUGACGACGAGAAGGAAGGAGAGAACACAGAAGCUCGGUGCAAGUCCCUGCCUCAGAGCAGCUGCCACAAGACCACUGCUGUGUGACAAUGGGGAAAUGACCCCCAUCUCUAUGUGGAUAUGGAACUUGGAAGAAGAAAAAAAAAAAAGGAAAUAAAUCAAAUCAACAUUUCUUAUGAUGAGAACAACGGAGGAACCAGUAGCUUUACUGUUUACGAGGCCAGGGAAUGUAUCAUGAGACAAUAUUGGUACACGGCAGUGAGGACUGUGCAAUAAAACUCAGGCAUGUAAUUCUUUCAUUCAAUUUCUUUAACUGUGUGUUUCAACAUGUAAAAAAAAAUUAGAGGGAAACCUCACAUGAAAACCUUGGUUUCUCAAAGUCGAAAUUUCCUUUUGUUAAUCCCUGCAGUGAUUUGCACCAUUAGGACAGUUACUACAUGCUUCAAUUUUUUUUUUUUUUUUUUUUGCGCAAAUGUCAAUGGUUUGAUCAGUGGUAUUAUUAAAACAUAGACUUUGAUUUACAUCAUCUUUUAAUGGUGCUAUCUUCAAAGGGUGGUACUAGUUGCCGACAUCAUCAUCAUCAUCAUCAGUUAAUUUAGUCCAGUCUAAAGUUACAUAAGAU